GCCUUUCCAUAGUCAAACAAUUGGAAAGCCCAAGAUGGUGCGCUCAGCUCUGUUUGUGUCGCUGCUGGCGACCAUAUCCGGAGUCAUUGCCCGUGGCUCCGGCCACCCGUCAAAAGUCGUCCCUGGCGCGUACAUCUUCGAGUUUGAGAAUGAUCAGGACACGGCCGAUUUCUAUAAGCAGCUCAAUGGCGAGGGUUCGACCCGCAUGAAGUUCAACUACAAGCUGUUCAAGGGUGUCUCAGUCCAACUCAAGGAUCUCUCCAACCAUGAGGACAAAGCCCAGAAGAUGGCCCAACUGCCUGCGGUCAAGAACAUGUGGCCCGUCACUCUCAUCCAGGCCCCCAAUCCAAAGGUCGAGUGGGUUGCGAGCAGCAGUUCUCCAGCCCUCCAGGCCAGAGACGUCAGCCCGACUGAUCCGAGCAACUUUCCCCCCCAGCAAAUGACCCAAAUCGACAAGCUGCGGGCCAAGGGAUUCACAGGCAAGGGCGUCAAGCUUGCGGUCAUCGACACAGGCAUUGACUACACUCACCCUGCUCUUGGCGGCUGCUUUGGCGCAGGCUGUCUGGUAUCCUUCGGUACUGACCUGGUCGGUGACAACUACAGCGGUUUCAACACUCCUGUGCCUGACAAUGAUCCAAUGGACUGCGCCGGUCAUGGCUCUCACGUCGCUGGUAUCAUUGCGGCCCAGAAGAACCCCUAUGGCUUCACCGGUGGCGCUCCUGAUGUCACUCUCGGUGCCUACCGAGUCUUUGGCUGUGCAGGACAGGCUGGUAACGAUGUCUUGAUUGCUGCAUACAACAAGGCCUUUGAAGAUGGUGCUCAAAUCAUCACUGCCUCCAUUGGCGGUCCCUCUGGUUGGGCGGAGGAGCCUUGGGCUGUUGCUGUCAGCCGUAUCGUUGAUGCCGGUGUUCCUUGCACUGUCUCUGCUGGUAACGAUGGUGAUCACGGUCUUUUCUACGCCAGCACGGCGGCCAACGGAAAGAAGGUUCUCGCUGUUGCUUCUGUUGACAACGCGAACAUCCCAACCGUCUUCUCUCUCUCUAGCUACAAGGUUGACAACGGCGAUGCUCAGCAGUUCGGCUAUGUCUCUUCCGCCAAAGCCUGGAAGGGAGUGAACAAGCCCAUCUACGCCGUGACACUCGACACCACCAUUCCCAACGAUGCCUGCGAUCCUCUCCCUGAUAGCACUCCUGACCUCUCCAACUAUAUCGUCCUUGUCCGUCGCGGUACCUGCACCUUUGUCCAGAAGGCUCAGAACGUCGCUGCAAAGGGCGCCAAGUAUCUCCUCUAUUACAACACCGCUGCUGGUGCCCUGGCUGUUGAUGUUAGCACUGUGACGCAAAUCACCGCCGCCGGAAUGGUUCAAGACUCGACUGGUGCGGCUUGGAUUGCUGCCCUCAAGGAUGGAAAGACGGUUACCUUGUCCAUGGUUAACUCGGAUGAAGCGACAAAGCAGAUCCAAUUUGCCGACAACAAGGUCACUGGCGGUGCUCUCAGCACGUACACUUCCUGGGGCCCUACCUGGGAGGUAGACGUCAAGCCUCAAAUCAGCUCUCCUGGCGGCAACAUUCUGUCCACCUACCCCGUCGCUAAGGGAGGAUAUGCCACCCUUUCCGGCACAUCAAUGGCUUGCCCAUUGACUGCUGCUGCUGUUGCUCUGGUUGGUCAAGCUCGCAAGACAUUCGACCCUGUCCUGCUUGAGAAUCUGCUGGCCACGACUGCCAACCCCCAGCUUUUCAACGAUGGCGCCCAAUUCUACAACUUCCUCGCUCCCGUCGCUCAGCAGGGUGGUGGUCUCAUCCAGGCCUAUGAUGCCGCCUUUGCUACCACUCUUCUGUCUCCAUCCAGCUUGUCGUUCAACGACACUGACCACUUCGUCCGCAAGAGGCAAAUCACUCUCAAGAACACCAGCAAGCAGAGGGUCACCUACAAGCUCAACCACGUCCCCACCAACACAUUCUACACUCUGACAGGCGACAGCCCCUACCCAGCUCCCUUCCCCAACGACGCCAUUGCGGCUCACGCCACCGUCAGACUUGGUCUGGAGCAAGUGACUCUCCCUGCUGGAAGGUCCAUCACCAUUGAUGUCCUUCCUACCCCUCCUCGAGGCGUUGACGCAAAGCGCCUUGGCCUGUGGUCUGGCUACAUCACAGUCAACGGUACAGACGGCAGCGCCCUCUCUGUCCCAUACCAAGGUCUCACCGGUUCCCUUCACAAGCAGAAGGUCCUCUACCCGGCAGACUCAUGGAUCAGCAAGUCCACCGAUGAGAAUCUGAACCCUGUCGACAACGGCACUGUUUUCACUAUCCCCGCCCCAGGCAACGCUCAGUCCACCGACGUGCUCCCCUCCCUUGUCGUCAGCCCAGCUUUCGGCUCCCGGCUCGUUCGCGUUGAUCUUGUGCUCUUGUCAGCUCCUCCUAAGAACACCAAGGUCAAGACAACCAAGUUCCUUGAUACCACGUCCAUUGGCCAGCCCGCUGGAUCGCCUCUUCUCUGGGCGAGCCGUGGCGCAACUCCUCUUUCAUGGAGCGGCGAGCUGACUGACAACAAGUUUGCUCCUCCCGGAACCUACAAGGCCGUCUUCCAUGCUCUGCGCAUUUUCGGCAACGAGAAGAAGAAGGAGGAUUGGGAUGUAAGCGAGUCCCCUGCGUUUACCAUCAAGUAUGCGUAGGUGGGUGAAUAAAGCGAGGGGGGAUGAUGUGAUUGCAUGAUCAGGUACUUAUGGGAUAGGAAUAGCGAAACGAAAAUAGUAUAUGGUAUUCUUUUUUCUUGAC